CGAACUGCGGGGCUAUCCCUGAAGGCUCGGGGCAGGGGACUGGGGACCGGGCGGGAGCCGGUGGGGCGCGCUCCGCGAGGCGGGCCUGAGACCAAGCGCCCCGUGGGCCCAGAACCGCCAAGUCUCCCACCUCCACACCCCGCCAGCAGGAGUGCGCGCGCAGGCUCCGCGGGCCCGGGAGCGCGGCACGGGCGGGGCCCACGUGCUCUCCCCACGCCGGGGUGUGGUUCUUGGGGCCGGGCCGGGCCGGGCGGGGCGUGGAUUUAAGGCUCGGACCGGCCAGACCCGGCUCACUCGUGCCCCCGCCUGCUGCCACCGCGCCCCGCCAUGGAGCGGCCGUCGCUGCGCGCCCUGCUCCUAGGCUCCGCGGGGCUGCUGCUCCUGCUCCUGCCCCUCUCCUCUUCCUCCUCUUCCGACACCUGCGGCCCCUGCGAGCCGGCCGCCUGCCCGCCCCUGCCCCCGCUAGGCUGCCUGCUGGGCGAGACCCGCGAUGCGUGCGGCUGCUGCCCGAUGUGCGCCCGGGGCGAGGGCGAGCCGUGCGGGGGCGGCGGCGCCGGCAGGGGGUACUGCGCGCCGGGCAUGGAGUGCGUGAAGAGCCGCAAGAGGCGGAAGGGUAAAGCCGGGGCAGCAGCCGGCGGCCCGGGAGUGAGCGGCGUGUGCGUGUGCAAGAGCCGCUACCCUGUGUGCGGCAGCGACGGCACCACCUACCCCAGCGGCUGCCAGCUGCGCGCCGCCAGCCAGAGGGCCGAGAGCCGCGGGGAGAAGGCCAUCACCCAGGUCAGCAAGGGCACCUGCGAGCAAGGUCCUUCCAUAGUGACGCCCCCCAAGGACAUCUGGAAUGUCACUGGUGCCCAGGUGUACUUGAGCUGUGAAGUCAUCGGAAUCCCGACCCCUGUCCUUAUCUGGAACAAGGUAAAAAGGGGUCACUAUGGAGUUCAAAGGACAGAACUCCUGCCUGGUGACCGGGACAACCUGGCCAUUCAGACCCGGGGUGGCCCCGAAAAGCAUGAAGUAACUGGCUGGGUGCUGGUAUCUCCUCUAAGCAAGGAAGACGCUGGAGAAUAUGAGUGCCAUGCAUCCAAUUCCCAAGGACAGGCUUCAGCAUCAGCAAAAAUUACAGUAGUUGAUGCCUUACAUGAAAUACCAGUGCAAAAAGGUGAAGGUGCUGAGCUAUAAACCUCCAGAAUAUAUUAGUCUGCAUGGUUAAAAGUAGUCCUGGGUAAUUACAAUCCCUGUUCUUGCCUAAUAAGUUUCUUUUACUCCAAUCCACUAACACUUCAGUUAUAUAUUCACUGGUUUUACAUAGAGAGAUACAAAAUAAAGAUCACACAUCAAGACUAUCUACAAAAAUUUAUUAUAUAUUUACAAAAGAAAAGCAUGCAUAUCAUUAAACAAAACACUUUUUAUCAUAACACAGUAA